AUGGAUACUUCGCUUGCCUCCGAGGAGACAAGGGCGGGAGGGCACGCCUGUCGUGUCUCAAUGCCGCCGGCGUAUCAGCGGGCGACUUAUCAACUGACGAUGCCGCGAGGUCGACUGUCCAACGGGACGCGAGGGGUGACGUUGCCUAAGCGUUUGAGUAUUUCCAAGAAGGCCAAGGAGGUGGUGCAUCAGGAUGAAGAUGACGGCACGGGCGCUGGGACGGCAGAUUCGUCCCGGAGUAGUGACGAGGAGGAGGAGGCCGACUCUGACACAUCUGCUUCGGGUUCACCCGAAGAAUCUGGCGCCCGGGCUACGAGGGGGAAGACGGUCGAUGAAGGGUGCAAGGGUACCGCUACGCCCAUCGCUAAAACACAAGACGAUCGCGAAGAGAGGGAACCGGAGUUACAUCGAGAUGACGAGCGCACGCCCGUGGAAGGAUAUGUGAACCGCACCGGAGGGACACCAUUGGACACCAACUUUGAGGAUGUGCGCAUCUCGAGCAAGGUCCUAGAGCAACUUAUCCAGGCGCAGGAUAAGAGCGCAAAGGAGAACGCUCGGUUGGAGGCACUAUUCUUGAAUGCAAUGUCCAAGCCUUCCGGUGGCUCUCGACGCCGUAAGGCGCAAAAGCAAAGAGACCCGGGACAGGGGUGUAUGAACCCGAAGCGUCAGCUCGUCGAGUCAUGGAGCGGGGAGUCAGAUGAUGACGCCGAGGACGACGACGAGGACAUGCAGGGCUCGGGUGGCCGUCAUAUGCGCACCGCCAAGUCUCCUAUUCUGCAACGCGCGUUGGAGCAUCUGCCGACAGACAAGGCGUGGAAGGUGAGCGGUCAUGCGCCCGUUGCGAGCGAUAAGAAUUGA